AUGAGCAGGCCUUUUGAUCCUCAGUAUUAUGAAGAUGAAUUUGAAAAUAAGAAAAUGCUUGAUGAAGAAGAGAGAACCAGGUUAAAAUUAAAGAUAGAAAAUACUAUACGAUGGAGGAUAUGCCGGGAUAAAGACGGAAAUAAAAUUAAAGAAAGCAAUGCUCGGAUAGUCAAGUGGUCGGAUGGAAGCCUGUCCCUACAUUUAGGCAACGAGGUGUUUGAUGUCUACAAGGCCCCGAUGCAGGCCAAUCACAACCACCUGUUCAUCAGGGAAGACACUGGUCUGCAGGGACAAGCUGUCUUUAAAUCCAAACUCACCUUCAGACCUCAUGCUACAGACUAUGCCACACAUAAAAAGGUGACCCUGCCACUUGCUAGUAGAUGCUCAAGGAUGCAGACGAUUAGAAUCUUACCAGUGGCGGGUCCUGAUCCUGAAUGCCAGCGUGUAGAGUUGAUUAAGUCUUUACAGAAAGAAGCAGCACGUUUGAGGGCUUCUGCUCACCAGGAGACAAUCCGUCUGCAGAACCAGGCGGGACCAAGUGCCCCCUACCAGGACCCCAACAGUGACGAGGAGGGUGAAGCCGUCAAAAAUCAUGACCAAGGGGAACGCGGAGAGGAAGGGGCCAGAAUAUAUUCUCCAGAGAGUGAUGAGGGACCAGAUGAAGAUGGAGCUCAGAGAUCACUGACAGCAAAGAAACUCACCACUGAUGAGAUGAACCCUCCAGAAAGAGGAAAGCAGGGGGCGAAGAGGAAGAGGAUGACUGAAGCAUAAAACGUGUACUCACUAUAAAUAUAGUUUUCAACUGCUGGCUUUAAAACAAUGAUAAAAUGACUUGGAAUUGAAGUGAGGAACUGAGUUCCUUUUGCAUAAUCCUUGUUGUGGUUUUAAAAUGUUUGGAAGCAAAUCUGUGACUUUAGAAAAUCCAUUGUUCCAGGUGAGACCAUUUUGGUAACAGUUUGGUAACCAUUUUGUCAGAGCAGGCACAGCGCGAGAGCUCAGGGAGACUCAAUGCUUUGUUACGUGCUGUAUGGGCCUUACCAGUUCUAAUCCUCAGAACAAAUCAAAGGGCAGGUGCUGUUGUUCUCAUAUUACAGAUGUAGAAGCUAAGUUAGAACUUAAGACUUCUGUCCCAAGCUUUUUCUUCUCAAGUUAAAAAAAAAAAAAAAGCAUUUUUGAGACAAGGAUCAGGAACUUAUUUGCACAGCCAUCACACUGCUGAGCAGGUGUAUUAACUGACCUUGGGAGAAAGACAUCCCAAAUACCGGAGAGAAAUGGUCACCAGAAAUUAGAGAAAACAAGAGUACUGGGAAACAAAAUACUAGAUUUGACUUCUAGCUUUUUGACUAGUGCAGUAGCUGGAACAUAAUAGGUACAUAAAGUUUUUUUUUGUUGAAUAUACAAACCAAUGAUGUUACCUUGGGCAAGUUAACUUCUCUGAAGUCAGUUUGCUCAACUUGCUGGGGUUUGGACUUGACCACUGUGAAUCUUUCAUGAUUUAAUGUUUAUAUUCCUCUACUUCUGAGAAGUGAAAAAUUAGAUAUGUUUGUUUUUUAAAUUUAGAGUCUUAUUGUUAAAUAGAAAAGGUAAAAGAAAAAUGGCCCACUUACCAUGCAGAAAACCUGGGUAUACAUUAUAAUUCCCUCCCUUUUAUAUAUUUAAAGUGUAAUUUCAUAGCUGUGCAGUAAACACAGCCAUAAUUAGCACCAGCUCCAGAAAGGCCAUUUACAGACUCAUUCAAAAUGCUGAGAGGUACUACCACAGUUCAGUCAUAAGGCUGACUAUUCUUUACAAUUUUAUUGAAGUAUAGUUGAUUUACAGUGUUGUGCUAAUUUCUUUGGUACAACAAAGUGACUCAAUUAUACACACAUAAGCAUGUUUUUUCAUACUUUUCCAUUAUAGUUUGUCACAGGAUAUAGUCCCCU